CGCACUGUCGCACAUGCCCAACAGGGUUACCAAGGAAGACGCUUCCCCGCCGCCGCCGUUCUAGCCCACCCUCUGCAUCUCAAAUCAGCUGUCGUGCCUGCGCCGCCACCUCCACCGCCACGGCGCCCGCCGGUGAACCCCUUCGUUGGCGACCAUCGCGCGCGCCGCCGCCCUUCCCACCGCUCGGCUCCUCCUGCGCGGGCGCAUGGCCUCGUCCGUCUCCACCGCGGCCCUCCUCGUCCUCCCCUUCCCCACCGGCUGCUCUUCCGACGACUCUGACGAUGCCAAGCCCCUCCCUCCUCCACACGCAUCGGAGGCAACCUCCCCUACUCCCCAGCAUCAGCUGCAGCGGCGGCGGCAGCUGGAGCGCGAAUGCAACGUGGCCAUGAAAGCUUUGGCGCGUGCGGGCGACAUCGACCAGGUGCUCGCCCUCUUCGCCGAGAUCAGGACCUCUGGGCAAGGACAGGGCUGUACUACGCCGCCCAACGUGCUCUGCUACAAUACGCUCGUCAACUCCCUUGCGGAAGCAGGCCGCGUGGCGGAAGCCCACGACGCGUUCGACGAAAUGCUUGCGGCGGGGGUGGCACCCAACGUGUCGUCUCUCAACAUCCUUGUCAAGCUGCACUCAUGGCGAUCCUCGCGGUUUGACCUCGCGUACAAGGAGAUCCUCCGGAUGCGAGAGCUCGGGGUGGAAGCCGACGUUGGCACAUAUUCCACGCUUGUCACAGGGCUGUGCCGAGUGGGGAGGACUGGCGAGGCAUGGGGUGUCCUCGAGUGGAUGCUGGAAGAAGGUUGUUACCCAAUGGUGCAAACUUACACGCCCAUCGUUCAGGGAUAUUGCCAUGAAGGCCGUGUCGAGGAGGCCAUGGAGGUGAUGGCCACAAUGGAACGUGCUGGUUGUCCUCCCAAUGUGGUCACCUACAAUGUUCUGAUCAGGGCUUUGUGUGAUGCCGCCAGAUUUGAUGAAGUCAAGCAGGUUUUAGCGGAGAGUAGAUCCAAGGAUUGGACGCCCAGUACGGUCACCUACAAUACAUUUAUGAAUGGUCUCUGCAAGAAAGGUAUGGCUAAGGAAGCACUUGAGCAGUUGAAUGUUAUGCUUGGUGAAGGGUUGGAUCCCUCAGAUUUUACUUUGAGCAUUCUUCUGAAUUGCCUUUGCCAUGACUCGAGGGUUUCAGAUGCCAUAGACUUGUUAGAGAGGAGCACCUCAUUGAAAUGGUAUGCUGGUGUUGUUGGAUACAACACUGUCAUGAGCAGGUUAUGUGGAAUGGGAAAUUGGAUGGGUGUUUUGAAGCUUUUAACAGAUAUGGUCAAGAAAGGUAUCACACCUAACACGAGGACAUUCAACGUUUUUAUUCGUAGUCUGUGCUUUGGUGGAAAGUUAUCUAUAGCCAAGAGCCUGCUGCAUAGUCAAGGGUUUGUUGCAAACAUUGUGACAUACAAUACACUCAUUUAUUGGUUUUACUACUAUAAAAAGCUUAGUGAGGUGCAGCACCUAAUAUCGGACAUGGCAGUAGAGAAGAUUGCUCCAGACGAAGUCACCUAUACUGUAAUCAUUGAUGGAUUAUGCAGAGAUGAAAAAUUUGAUAUGGCAACUAGUUGCUUCCUGGAAUCGCUUGAGCGCGGAUUGUCAAGGGAUCUUCUUGCUGUUCUUAUAAAUAGACUUGCUCACAGUGGCAAAAUCUGGGAGAUUUUUCGCGUAUUCCAGGGGAUGGAAAGAGAAGGUUUUCUCCCUGAUAAUUGUAUAUUUGACCGUACAAUUAGAUCAUUCUGUAGGGCUGGUUUUUGUCACGACAGAGAUAUUUUUAAGCUUAACCUUAUUCUGGAUACAAUGUUGGGAAAGAACUGAACUGAACCCCUCGUUGAUCCAGGAAAGCGAUCGAUGAUGAAGCCACGAAUAUUGUCAUGAAUGAGAAGAAGUGUCAACAUGGCUAAAGAUACUGGCAUCCGUGGUGUUUGACUUUUGUAGCAUUCCUUACACGUUACAUAGAUGGCCACAUGCAUGUGUAUGUUAACAACUUAACAUAUUCCUCUUCCGCCCUGCACUCGACAGGUGGAAUCCAAUUGGUGAGUUCUGGGAAGAUUGCUUGACUUAGUUGACAACAUAGAGAGAUUUGGUUGUUCCUACUGAAGUGAAAAUGGUUAUAACGGUGCAAAAAUUGUGAUUUUUACAUGUCUCGUGUUGUAAAGUAAACUAGUAAGAAUCAGCAAGAAUUUUUUUUAGGCUGAAGCAUGUCAUAAUUUUCGGAGAAGUUGGUAUCAUUCUCUUUUAAUUUUAUAUGUGUUCUAUGAAGUUACAUUAUCUAUGUUACAAUAUGUUGAUUAAUAGGACGCUAAAUUUUCCCCUGCUGUCCGCAUCUAUGAUACAUUGAAGUGUUCUGACUUCUGAGUCAGUACCCUGGGUACUCGGCUUGAAUCGUCGACUCUUAUCCUUGAUAGCACCAGUUGUUGGGGUUACUCUGCAUGGAGAUCUUUAUAAAAGGCAAAGAAAGUAGACAGACAUUAUCACAUGGAAACCACAGAUUCAGUGGAGGCAUGAAAACCCUACGAUGGAUCAUUCGGUGCAACGGUGCAAAAAUACGUGCAGCUGGCUUCAUCUGUAAGGAAGGCAUCUAGUGUGACCUCAACCUUCCGGGCGUUCCAGCGCACAUUUACUCACAAGCUUGGGCUUAGCAUGAUGAUGGCACCUAACAAGCAACUAGGAUGUCUGAUUCUUGACGCUUUAAUGGUUUCUGCAGUUUGCUGGGAGGUAAAAGAUGACAGCAAAGCAACCGAAGGGCAUGUCCUCUCUAGAUCAUGUAAGUAGAGGAACACCGCGGUCUUCGACGUGUGCCCAGACAUCUCAGAUCACGUGGGAACUAGGAACCAUCAAGGACAAGGCUAAAUUAUCAUCUGAGGAUGUGGUUGAAUUAGGGGUGUUACUACCACCGGCAUGAUUCUCCUUUCGGAAGCGCGUGGUUUAAGCUUGUACAUACUUCUAGGCGCAAGGGCAAGGCUUUCCGCCUUUUCCUUUUCUCUAAAUAAAGGACAUAGAGUACAGGGUGUUGUUUUGCUAGUUUGUUCGAGCUACCUAUAUCUAGUGAUGCCAUCUCUGUCACGUUUUGGUAGUUUCUAUUACUAUCGCUGUUACCCGUUAGUUUAAUUGUAGCCAAACUGUUCCAUUAUGAGAUUGCCAAGGCCAAGUUAAUCCUGUAACAAUAUUGUUCGUUUCCUAACAUGCGGUGCAAGGCAAAUCGCUCUCGUAGGUGUGUGACAUGUAUGGAUCUGUUUGGACAAUUUAUGUCAGGAAAUGUAUUAUGCAGCGAUGCUGUCAGUGUUC